GAAGCUUCUGAAUCCCGUCACAGCUGUGCUGGGAAGAGCCGACCACCAUCAGUAUUUAGAGGGAGAACCCGAGGCUGGAGGGAUCAGUCGGUGAGUCUGCACAGAGACAACAUGUCUAAGGGUCCAGCAGUAGGCAUUGAUCUUGGCACCACCUACUCAUGCGUAGGUGUUUUCCAGCAUGGAAAAGUGGAGAUUAUUGCGAAUGACCAAGGAAACCGUACCACCCCAAGCUAUGUGGCCUUCACGGACACAGAGCGACUUAUUGGGGAUGCAGCAAAGAACCAAGUAGCCAUGAACCCAACUAAUACUGUUUUUGAUGCCAAGCGUUUGAUUGGCCGACGUUUCGAUGACACCGUUGUCCAGUCUGACAUGAAGCACUGGCCUUUUAAUGUAAUAAAUGAUGGUGGUAGACCCAAGGUUCAGGUAGAAUAUAAAGGAGAGACAAAGACCUUCUAUCCUGAAGAAGUCUCAUCUAUGGUUCUUACCAAAAUGAAAGAGAUCUCUGAGGCCUACCUAGGAAAAACAAUCACUAAUGCAGUAGUCACUGUUCCGGCUUACUUCAAUGAUUCCCAGAGACAGGCAACUAAAGACGCUGGAACCAUCUCUGGUCUCAACGUCCUUCGUAUCAUCAAUGAGCCAACUGCAGCUGCCAUAGCCUAUGGUUUGGACAAGAAGGUGGGUGGUGAGAGAAACGUCUUGAUUUUUGACCUUGGUGGUGGAACAUUUGAUGUCUCCAUUCUUACCAUAGAAGAUGGUAUUUUUGAGGUCAAAUCCACCGCUGGAGACACCCAUUUGGGUGGAGAGGACUUUGAUAACCGCAUGGUCAACCACUUUGUCGGAGAGUUCAAACGCAAGCACAAGAAGGAUAUAACUGAAAACAAGCGCGCCAUUCGUAGGCUACGUACGGCCUGUGAACGCGCCAAGCGUACCCUGUCUUCCAGCACCCAAGCCAGUAUUGAGAUAGACUCCCUCUUCGAGGGCGUUGACUUUUACACUUCCCUCACCCGAGCCCGCUUUGAGGAACUUAAUGCAGACCUCUUCCGUGGGACUCUGGAGCCAGUAGAGAAGUCUCUGAGAGAUGCCAAGCUGGACAAGGCUCAGAUCCAUGACAUUGUACUGGUCGGAGGGUCCACUCGCAUUCCUAAGAUCCAAAAGCUUCUGCAGGACUUCUUCAAUGGGAGAGAACUUAACAAAAGUAUUAACCCAGAUGAGGCUGUAGCCUAUGGAGCAGCUGUUCAAGCUGCGAUCUUGUCUGGUGACAAAUCGGAAAAUGUUCAGGAUCUUCUACUGUUGGAUGUCACCCCUCUGUCUCUUGGUAUAGAAACGGCUGGAGGAGUCAUGACUGUGCUAAUUAAACGUAACACCACCAUACCCACCAAGCAAACCCAGACCUUCACCACCUACUCCGACAACCAGCCAGGGGUCCUAAUUCAGGUCUUUGAAGGUGAAAGAGCGAUGACCAAGGACAACAAUCUUCUGGGAAAAUUUGAGUUGACCGGUAUCCCACCUGCUCCACGUGGGGUUCCCCAAAUUGAAGUGACCUUUGACAUUGAUGCCAACGGAAUUAUGAAUGUGUCUGCUGUAGACAAAAGCACUGGCAAGGAAAAUAAGAUCACCAUCACCAAUGACAAAGGCCGUCUCAGCAAGGAGGAUAUUGAGCGUAUGGUCCAAGAAGCAGAUAGGUACAAGUCUGAAGAUGAAGCCCAAAGGGAAAAAGUUUCGGCCAAGAACUCUCUGGAGUCCUUGGCCUUCAAUAUGAAGAGCACAGUGGAAGAUGAGAAGCUGAAGGACAAGAUAAUCCCAGAAGAUAAACAGAAAAUAUUGGACAAAUGCAAUGAGGUCAUCUCCUGGUUAGACAGGAACCAGAUGGCUGAGAAGGAGGAAUAUGAACAUCAGCAGAAGGAGCUGCAAAACCUAUGUAACCCCAUCAUCACCAAGCUGUACCAAGGUGCUGGCGGAGCUGGUAUGCCUGGUGGAAUGCCAGGUGGAAUGCCUGGAGGAUUUCCUGGAGCUGGUGGCAGUGCAGCUGGUGGUACUUCCGGACCCACCAUUGAAGAAGUGGAUUAAGGAUUCCACCCUUCCGCACUCUGGAGGAGUUUACAUGUCAUGGUCACCUUUUGAAACACAAAUAUGUAUAUGUGCUUUCAUACUUAAAGAGACUAUUAAAUCCUUACUUGUCUGCACAGCCUUAAAUGUCCUUUCAUUAGGUGGGACUAUAUUUUUGGUUUAUCAGUAUUUGUAUACCUUUAAUGCCCAGUGAUGUCCAAUAACUCCCAUAGUAUUUUUGCAACAAGAUCCAUCAAUAGUUAAGAUUUUCGAAAAAGGUGCAAUGCGUGCAUACAAGGCUUCUCAGAGUUUCUAAUCCUUAGGCAAGCACCAAAAAAUUUGACCCCCCCAUUUAAGGUCUUAAAUACAUGUAUAGAGGAAAUAGAAGUCAACUGAACUGUCAACUAUAACUUGGGCCUAAAAUUUGUGUGCAAACCAAAGACCAGCAUUGUAACUUAAUUAGAGAUUUAAUAAAAGACUUUCCCAUGAAA